AAACACUCACCAACGUGGCUAUCAGUACAGAAGAUCUCCAACAAUAUUGUCAAAUACAAUAUGAGAAACUUAAAAACUAUUUUCAGAUAAACACUAAAGAAUUCAUACAAAUAUUUCUCGAUUCAUAUAUUCGAAAACGAAUUCGAUAUCACGAAACCGGAGAGGAA